AUGACAACUGAGAUGUCGUUUACCGAGGGCUAUGUGACCGCAGCUUCAUAUAUCCCGUACGACCAAAUCCUUCUCUUUGGAGACUCGAUCACCCAGUUUUCAGAGUGGCAAGGGCGUGGUUUCGCUUUUGCACCACAGGUACAAGAUGAUUACAUUCGAAAACUAGAUGUGCUCAAUCGUGGAUUCAGUGGAUAUACGUCUUCCCAAGCACUGAAUGUGCUGCCUCAAUUCUUCCCACCACCGCAGGUCGCGAAAGUUCGCAUGAUGACUGUAUUCUUUGGUGCAAACGACGCCGUUCUUCCCCCUGGAGACCAAUACGUUCCUCUGGACAAGUAUAAAGCAAACCUAAGAGAUAUCAUUAGACACCGCAUAGUUCGCUAUGGAGGCACCAAGAUUGUCCUGAUCACUCCACCCCCUGUUAACGAGUACCAGCUCACGGCAUUUGACCUGUCAAAGGGACUCACGUCUUUAUCACGCACGGCAAACAAUACCAAAAUGUAUGCUGAUGCGUGUCGCGAGGUCGGCGAGUCUCUCAACGUAGCUAUUGCCGACGUCUGGUCUGCUUUCAUGAAAGAGGCCGGCUGGGUUGCUGGACAGCCAGUCGCGGGAUCGCAUGAUAUCCCUGAAAAUCCCAAAUUGGCUGCCUUGUUGGUUGAUGGCCUCCACUUUACCCCGGAAGGAUAUAAAGUGAUGUACAAUGAGGUUCUCCGCGCGAUCCGGGCGUAUUACCCUGAAGAAGCCCCUGAGAGGCAGCCUGUCCACUUCCCGCCAUAUCAGUUUGCUGAAAGCGCAUAA